AAAUGGCAUACUAAUUCUAGCUCAGUCUUCCGUUUUGAUCUUUUUAAUCCUUUUAAAUCUCGUCUGGCUUUAAUUUUUAUGAAGAAAGUUCUUCAAUAUUAUGAAGGCUUGAAAAAUAAUGACCGUUAUUAUUUAGCUAAAGCCAUAACAUUAGUUGAAUCGUCGCGUAAGGAUCAUAAAUACCAAGCGCAACAGUUACUUUCCAUCAUUCUCGAUGUGCAGCAUUCUUCGGGCAAUCGUGCAUCGACAUUCAGAAUUGGCCUUUCCGGUCCGCCCGGUGUAGGAAAAUCUACAUUCAUCGAACGCUUUGGAAUGCAUAUUCUUUCUCAAGGUCAUCGUGUAGCUGUUCUCGCCAUAGAUCCAUCUUCAUCUCGGACAGGUGGGUCAAUUUUGGGUGAUAAAACCCGUAUGCUUGAAUUGUCACGGCAAGAAAACGCGUAUAUUCGGCCGUCUGCAAGUCACGGUACACUCGCUAGGAACACUAACGAAGCUAUGAUUAUAUGUGAAGCCGCUGGGUUCGAUGUGUGUCUUAUUGAAACAGUAGGAGUUGGUCAAUCGGAAACUAUGGUAGCAGAUAUGGUUGACAU